GUUUUGCACCAACAAACAAAAAAAAAGUUGAGAAAACAGUAAAUUCCACUAAAAAGAAUCAUUAGAAGAAGGAGGAGAAGACUCACAAGUCUUCUAUAUUUAGGGCUUUCUUCUAAGAGAUCGAAGAAGAAGAAAGAGAUUUUGUUCAAUUCGAGAUUUUCCUCAGUCCCAAUGGCGUCAAACACCAACAACGACAAUUUCCAGCACAGACCACGCCAAAGAAACGGACCGCCUCCGCCGCGGCGUCAAGGGAGAAACCCGCCGCCUCCGUCGUCGUCAACGCGAACUUCUCAGAAUCAGCCACAGCAGCAGACGACGCCGCAGGCGAAGAGGAAACCGGUGUUCGUGAAAGUGGAUCAGCUUAAACCAGGAACGAGCGGCCACACUUUGACUGUUAAAGUCGUCGAUCAGAAUUCGGUACCUCAGAAGCCUGGUGCUGCUUCUUCUCAUCUCCGACCUGCUCGGAUCUCUGAGUGUCUCGUUGGUGAUGAGACUGCUUGCAUCCUCUUCACUGCUCGCAACGAUCAAGUGGACUUGAUGAAACCAGGAGCUACUGUGAAUCUCCGGAAUGCAAAGAUAGAUAUGUUCAAGGGAUCAAUGAGGCUAGCUGUUGACAAAUGGGGUCGCAUUGAGGUCACCGAACCCGUUGACAUUACUGUUAAAGAAGACAACAAUCUGUCCCUUGUGGAGUAUGAGCUCGUCAAUGUCGCUGAGGAAUGAUUCGCCACAAUGAAUGAAUUUUGUUUUGCUACCGUGAAGGUGUAUCAUAUUUUAUCUUAUGAUGUGGCAAGUUUGCCUACCGGUGUAUUUAUGUUGAUGUCUGGUUUUGGUGCACACGAUAUAUCAAUAUCGGUAAUUGUUGUACUCUUUUGAGUUUUGGAUGCUUUUGUAUGGUCCUUGAACAGAAAUGUUAAUGCAAAACUUGGUUAAAAGAUUUA